AUGCUCCGUAUUAGUACGGAUGCAUUUGUUCUCUCUGCCUAUUCAAAUCGUUCUGAAUUUAUUAUGAAUUUGCCGACUGAUGAACAAACGGCUCUUCGUUCAUUACAACAUCGCGAUGAUAUUAUCAUACGUCCUGCAGAUAAAAAUUUAAUCAACUUUUCUACGUUGAAAUUUAUUGAACCGAAAAAAUCAUCUUGUGGUACAUUUUAUAUUUUACCGAAAAUUCAUAAAAAACAUUGUCCUGGACAACCAGUUAUAUCCGGGAAAGAUCAUCUUACAUCAAAUAUAUCUGAUUACUUGGAAAGGCUCUUAACAGCUUAUGUACCACUAUUACGAGAAAUUGCUAUGAACGAUUAUCAAGUACAGAAUUUUAUUGUAUUAAAAGGUACGAAUCAUUCACUCUAA